CGCUCGCCUUGCUGAGCGGAAGCUACAGGAACGCGCAAGUCAGCUGUAGAUCCAGGUCCCCAUCCUUAUUAGUUGGAGAUGGCGCUGCACAUUGUACUGCUGCAGGUGUGUGUGGGGCUGGUGGCGCUGCCCGUGCAUGUCUUGGCGUUUCUGGGGCUGUGGGACAGGAUCGCCAAGAAGGUGCUGCCGUACUUACUGGAACGCUUUACUAAGGAAUACAACAGGAAAAUGGGAGACGAGAAGAGGAAACUGUUCAGCAACCUGAGUGACUUCGCCGGUGCCUCUGGGAAAGUGUCUAUCCUGGAGCUGGGCUGCGGCACGGGGGCCAAUUUCCAAUACUAUCCGCCGGGCAGCCAAGUCACGUGUGUGGAUCCCAACCCCAACUUCCAGUCGUUCCUGGGCAGGAGUUUGGCGGAGAGUCAACACGUCCAUUUCCAGCGCUUUGUGGUGGCGCCCGGGGAGGAUAUGGCCCCUGUGGGAGACCGUUCCAUGGACGCGGUGGUCUGUACUCUGGUCCUGUGCUCUGUGAGGGAAGUGGAGGCGGUGCUGAGCGAGGUGCUGCGAGUUCUGAAGCCUGGUGGGGCCUACUAUUUUUUGGAACAUGUAAGAGCAGACCCUGCAUCCUGGAAUUAUUUUUUCCAGAGAAUCUUGGAUCCAACUUGGAAAUACAUUGGAGACGGGUGCAAGCUGACAAAAGAGACCUGGAAAUACCUGGAAAGUGGCAAGUUCUCCGAUGUUAAACUACGACACAUCCAAGCGCCUUAUAAGUUCAGCCCAGUGAAACCUCAUAUAAUUGGUUACGCUGUAAAAUAACAUUUCCUUAUCCAGCAGGUACAAUACUCUCCUUCAGUCUCUGUCUGUGAGAAUUCCAGUGUUCUGUUCAAAUAUAUCUGUAUAAAUACAUUUUAAUUAAACCACUGUCCCACUUU